AUGGCCAACCUAAAUGAAGCUAAAAAAAGUCCGCAACUGAGCAAAAUUAAAGUGAAAGUAGUAAAUAGCAUAGUGACGGCGAGCGAUAGCGACGCCAGCGUUGAAACCAACAGCCUAAGCGCCGAAAGCGUAACAGAGCAAAAUCAGACUACCAUACAGAACGAUAAAAGGAAAAAGAAAAUCCGCAGGGGUUCCGAGUGGGAAAUUAUGGAAGGUUUAAAGGAUGGGCAAAGAUUUGAAAGCAAACCAAACCCUUUUAAUGGGUAUUUGCACAAAAAACGAAAGUGGCCCCUCAAGGGCUGGCACAAGCGAUAUUUUACAAUAGACAAGGGCAUCCUAGUCUAUGGCAAAGGCCCAAAUGAAAUCAACAAAGGCAAAAUCCACGGCUCUUUGGACAUCGGCCUUUCAGUCAUUUCGACGAAAGUAAAACGACGUCGAAUUGACAUCGACGCCGAAGAGUUCAUCUACCAUCUUAAGGCCAAAACGGACGACGCCUUUACCAGCUGGGUGCAACAACUAACCGCUCACCGGCUCUAUCGCCAGCACAUUCUGACCUACGGCAGCAACGUGGGUGCUCUUUUUAGUCCUGGAGAUGGACUCCACAGCAUUCCCCGUACUCCAGAGAUGGUCAGCAGGGAUGGAAGCCUUACCAGGGGUCUAAAAGGGCCUCCAGGGGCUACAGGAAGGCUUAGUAUCUGGUUGCAGGAAUCUCUGGCUUCUUUGGAGCAAUAUCAACGCGAUGCCACCGUUAUAGAACAAAAUAUUACCAAAUUGACGCGUUUGUUGCAACAAAUCGAAGCUAGCACCAUUAUUAUUUCAGAGAGCGCAAACGAGGCUCAAUCGCCGUGCGUUAAAAAAGACCGAAGAAAAUUCGGAUUAAAAAAGAAAAAAUCCUCAAAAGGCGGAAGCGUAGAUCUGACUAUACAAUUUAGCGCGAAUAAGUCUUCUACGGGUACUGAUACUGAAAACACGUCUCCGUUAUCGGCAAACUCUUUCUCUGGUUUAUCGACCUCCCCUCAACCGCUCAAUUCAAUUAAUUCGUCAACGUUGCCAGUUCCUGCAAACGCAACCAUACCUGCACCGGACAGCUUGAGCAACGUGGAUAUUAUUUCCCUCUCAACUGAGAAUCAGUUGAGGGACGAUUUCGUCAAUUUGGCUAAAAACGCCUUAAGUAGUCUGAAGACGCUCCUGUUCGGACUGAGCACGGAGAGGGAGCGUCUAAAAACGGCCUUGGACUCUGAAGUUCCUAGCAAUUCGAAUCAAAACGUAGUCAAUUUAAAGAACAAUCUUAAUCAGGUGUUGCAGCAAAACACCGAACUUAAAAGCCGGCUGUUGAGGAUACACGAGACCAGCGAUUUGGCCGAUGUCUCCUCAUUGGAACACCUCACGGAAAAUCAGCACCGGGCCUACAACGCCUCGCUGAGCUACAGCUCGUCGUGCGUAAGUGCGACCGAAUUUUUCGACGCCGAGGAUCUGCCGACGGACAAGGGGACAGUUGGGGGCGGUGGUGCUGGCAACGGCGGCAGUAACGGCGAGGGUAGCUUAAGGGGCGGCCGCCGCUACCACCGCCACCGGUCCGGGGAGAAGGAGAAGCAGGGCGAUGAGGAAAGUGAGGUUAGAACGAGAUCGGAGAGCAGUUCGGAGGCGGGCUCUUUGAGCAGCGGAGAAGGUAGCAUUAGUUCGGAGUCGGAGCUAGGGGCGGAGCUGAUACCGGCUAGCAAUUUGGAGUUUGGCAACCAAGGUCUGACAGGCCGGCGCACGGUGUUGCCAGCGCCUCGCCCCAUAACCGAAGGCCUCUCUCUGUGGAACCUCCUCAGCCGCAACAUCGGCAAGGACCUUUCUCAGAUCAGCAUGCCGGUGGCGCUCAACGAGCCCCUUAACGUUUUGCAGAGGUUGUGCGAGGAGCUCGAGUACUCCGAGCUGUUGGAUAGAGCGUCUCAAAUCGACGAUCCGUACGAGAGGAUGGUGGAGGUGGCUGCGUUCGCCGUUUCCAGCUACGGCAGUACGUUGAGUAGGGCUGGGAACAAACCCUUUAAUCCGCUGCUCGGCGAGACGUACGAAUGUAUCAGGGAGGAUAAAGGAUUCAGAUUUCUUGCGGAGCAAGUGUCCCACCACCCGCCAGUGUCGGCGUGCUACGCGGAAUCCCCCAACUUCACCUUCUGGCAGGACGCGCGAGUUAAAACGAAAUUUUGGGGCAAAAGCAUGGAAUUUCAGCCGCUGGGCAGCGUGCACGUGUUGAUACCGAAAACCGGCGAUUUGUACACUUGGAACAAGGUGACCACGUGCGUGCACAACCUGUUCAGCGGCCAACGGUGGGUCGAUCAGUAUGGAGAGUUAAAAAUCAGCAACGGGAGGAUUAAGUGCAAGCUCACUUUUAAUAAGGCUAGUUAUUGGUCUGCCAAAAGACACGAGGUUGUGGGUGCUGUUUUUGACGAAUAUGACAGGCCAGUGAGGAGAUUGUUUGGCAAGUGGUCAGAGGCAAUUUAUUGCGGUGUGGCACCUUCUGCUCGUUGUAUAUGGAGGGCCGGGAAUUUGCCUCCCAAUCACGAGCGUUUUUACGGUUUUACGAGAUUCGCCAUCGAACUGAACGAGCUCGGCCCCGAGGCCAACCUGCUCCCGCCCACGGACACGCGUUUCCGACCGGACCAGCGCGCCCUCGAGGAGGGCGACCUCAACACCGCCGAGACGCUGAAGCUGCAGCUGGAAGGUUCGCAGCGCGAGCGGCGUAAGCGGCGCGAAGAGCUCGGCAUCCCCUACGAGCCGCGCUGGUUCUCCUCGCAACGCGACGAGGUGUGGGAGUACAACGGCAAGUACUGGGAGACGAGGAAGCAGCCCGGCUUUGGCCAGAUGCACUUCGAUAGCUUGUGGUAAAUACUGGUUAAUGCCCAGGGGACAGAUUCCAGAAGAAAAAUUCCUUACAUAAUUCCUAGUUAGAAGAAAAAUUAUAAAUAACCCUCUCCCCCCCAAAAAAAAAUAACCUGGCUGAAAAAAAUCACACAUCCUAUAACAUAGACUAAAAACUACAGGGACAAUCAAAGAAUUGUGGAUUGUUAUAAAAAUAAUAGAAUUUUUUAGAUUGUUUAAAUUAUUUAUUGUUACAAAAGGGGUCCUAAAAAUCUCAAGAUAAAAUAAUUUUUCUCCCAAUUUAUAUAAAAAACUACUUGGUGAGGUGUAUAUUUCGUAAUAAACGCAUUAACUAAUUAAAAAAAUAUAGCGUUAGGUGAAAAUGUUUGAAGGAAAAUGCAAUUCGCUUUUAUAUACAGAAAAGUUUAUAUACUCAAUAAAGGGUGAUGUUAUGUAGUUCUUGAACAACCCAAUUUAUAUUGUCCAAUGAUUUGUUGGCAUUAAAUUUGACCUAUACAGGGCGAUUUUUAUGUUGGAAUUUCACUUACACCACGCUUGCUUUACUAAGGAUUUUCAUUGGUCAAUAUAUUGGGUUAAAAGCAAUAAUUUUUUAAAAUAUAUUAUCUUCAUAAAAGCUAGAACAACUAGAGUCAUGACAUUUUAGUUAGAUACAAACAGUAAACACAAAAUUAAAAAGAAUAUAAUAAAUUUUUUUUUAAUCAAUCUAUACAUUCAUAUA